GCUAUUUCUAAUAAAGUUUGAUAUCGAAUGUAGAGUAUUUUUAGCGAUCGAAUUGAUAAGAGAAUAAAAUUAAUAACGUAUAUUCUUUUAUAAAGAGUGAUGGAGAAAUAAUUAUCAAAAAGUAAGAAACAUAACGAUAUAGUGAAAAAUAAACGUGCGAUUCAUUUAACCUCUAAAUACGAAAUAAUUUUCGACAACAACGAAAAUAAUUUAUACGUAAUAAUCGAAUGCGAUGUUAAAUUUGUUUAUAUUUUUAAAUAUAUUAUUGAUAUAUUAAUAUGAUUUACGAAAGGUAAAUUCAUAAAAAUCGUAUUAGAAAAUAAAUAAACAUGACGGCAGCGAUUAAAACGUUAUGGAAACAAGCGUUAAAUACGUUCGAAGAACGAAGUAACGUAGGAUUUAAACUUUGCCAAAAAAAUUUUGACAAAUUGCGGUAUUUAAUGAAUAAAAUUACGGCUGAAGAUGUAAAUCUGAAUAAACAAAUUCUUGAUUUUAUUCAAGUGCAACAUGCACCGAUGUGGGUUAUCGAUAUAUUUGAAAACAAAGACUUUGCUAUUUCAAUUUUUAUAUUGAAACACGGAUUUACGAUGCCGAUUCAUGAUCAUCCUGGAAUGUAUGGAUUUUUAAAGGUAAUCAGUGGUGUAGUUCAAGUAAAUAAUUAUACUUUAAAAGCAAACGAGGAUCGUACGAUUAGAUUAAACGAAGAAGUCAUGGCAUUUGGACAUAAGCCGAUAUCUUUACAUAGUAAUUCACCUGCUUGUACUCUUACACCGAGAGAUAAAAAUUUGCAUGAAAUUACAUGUAUCGAAGGACCUGCUGCAUUUUUGGAUAUACUUAGUCCGCCGUAUGAUGUGGAUGAAUCUGGAAAGGGUCCAAGACCAUGUACAUUUUUCAAAACUAUUGAUAGUUCUGAAUUAUGUACGGAUUCACCAGAUAUAGUCGAAGAAGUUAAAUUGAUGGUGAUUGAAGGUCCACCGGAUUUCUAUUCUGGAAGUCUUAAAUAUACGGGACCACCAUUAAUGUGACCUCGAGUACCGAGAAAUAUUUUUUGUUCUAUUUGUUAAGAAAUUUUGCAUUUUAUUGUAUUAAUUUACGACUGCGAUUGUAUUAUAAAUUUUUAAGAAUGUUCAAUUUUAAUUGAAUAUAUAUGAUGUUUAUCUCUUGUAUCUUUUUGCGGAUAUACAAGUAUAUGAAUACAUACGUAUUUAAAUGAAUUUCAUAUAUAGAUAUAAAAAUUCUUUAUUUCAAAUAUUUUAUGGUAUUGGUUUAUUUUUAUUUAUUAUUGACUUUAGAUUGAAAUUAAAUAUAAUUUCUAAAGAAUUGAAAGAAAGAAUUUGAUUUUCGUAUACAAAAAAGUUAUCUGUACAAAAUCACAAAUGCGAGAUACAUUAAUGCUUGCAAGAGCAUCUGUUAUCGAUUAUAUCUAUUAUCUAAUUUUAUAAUACCAUCAUCGUUAUAAUAUGUUUGUGCCGAGUGUCGAUUCUUAUUGUAUUAAGUUUCAUAUUUUUACCUUUUCUCCUAUGCUCGCUUGAAUUUUUGAAAUAUCUACUCGCGAUGAUAUCUCCUAAAAUAAGAUUCUUUGCGGACGCUCCCAUGAGCAUUAUUGUAAUUAUAUUACGUUUACUAUUUUGUCGAUAUAUAAAGAUGUAAACGAAAAAUGUAUUAUAUAUUACUGCACUUUAUACGUAAUGGGUGAUAAAAAAAAGCGUAUAAUAGUUAUAAAUAAAAACGAAAAUUUUAUUUGUAUAAAAAA